ACACAAUACAGUACAUGAUUUCUGCUGUCUCGCGUUAUCGUUCUCUUCUAUUAUAUCGUGUGCUUUAUCCUUCAUUCUCUCUCUCUCUCUCUCUCUCACUCACUCACUUCACUUCACUUCACUUCACUCACACAUUGCUCUGCCUCUGCUCUCUCUUCCUCGCUCUCGAUCUGAAUAUCCUGCAUAACAAUGGUUGACAAAGGAGGAAAAUCAUGUCCGAUAUGCACUGAGGAGAUGGACCUGACUGAUCAGCAUCUGAAGCCUUGCAAAUGUGGCUAUGAGAUCUGUGUAUGGUGUUGGCAUCACAUAAUGGAAAUGGCACAGAAGGAUGAAACUGAGGGCCGUUGUCCUGCCUGCCGUUCACCUUAUGACAAAGAACGCAUUGUGGCAAUGGCAGCUAACUGUCGAAGAUUGGUUGCUGAAAUGAACUCACAGCAUAAAAAGAAAAUACAUAAGUUGAAGCCUAAAUCAUCAGAUGGAAGGAAACAUCUUACUGAUGUUAGAGUCAUUCAGCGCAACCUUGUGUAUAUAAUUGGACUUCCUCUUAACCUUGCAGAUGAAAAUCUACUUCAGCGUAAGGAGUACUUUGGAAGGUAUGGAAAGGUUUUGAAAGUCUCAAUAUCUCGUACAUCAACGGGCAUUAUUCAACACUCUGCAAACAACAGCUGUUGUGUGUAUAUAACUUACUCAAAAGAAUCUGAAGCAGUUCGAUGUAUUCAAUCAGUUCAUUUUUUUGUAUUAGAAGGUAGAUCAUUGAGGGCUUGUUUUGGAACAACAAAGUAUUGCCAUGCAUGGCUCAGAAAUGUGCCUUGCAGCAAUAGAGAAUGUUUGUAUCUACACGAUCAUGGUGCUCAUGAAGAUAGCUUUACCAAAGAUGAAUUAGUAUUAGCUUUUGCAAGGAGUAGAGUCCUACAAAUCAUUGGUGCUACAAAUAAUUUGCAUCGUCGUUCAGGGAGUGUUUUACCUCCACCGCCAGAUGAUCCUAGACACAUGUCAUCAGCCACCAAAGUAGUGUCCACAAGUCCUUUAGAUAUCAAAGGGUCAUGUUCAAGCAAUGGAGCUGCCAAUUCAACAGCACUUCCUGCAGCGAACUCUUGGGCUAGGUGUGUAUCUGGCAGUCUUCCACAGGAAAUUAGUUCAUCAUGUUCUAGUAAUCUGGCUAAUAGAAAGAUUGAAGCAUCUAAUGAUUCCCAAGCCCUAUUGCCAGAGGCUGUUUGCACCGAAAGGUCUAUUCUUGAUACAAAAAAAUCAGGCGAAGAUGAAAAUAGCUCUGAUGUGCAUUCCGAUAGUGUAAUUGUACCUUCAGAGUUGAACAAACACCACGUUGGUGGAAAUUCUCAAACAUGUGAGUCAAAUGUUAUCAACAAGGUUACUGUGAAGAAACUUUCUGGCAUUAUAUCGUCUAACUGUGAAACUUCUUCAGCAGCUUUUGUGGGCCUUGAUCAAGACAAGGCUGCACCUUCUGUGAGUACAAGCGUCCUGGAGAUUGCUGGACUACAUGAUUUGAAUACUAACAAGGCAGUUUCAAGUCGGGAUGUGCAUGGCAUAUGUUCGGAGUUAUCAUCUGUUAGCAUCAACAGUCAUCUUGAAGAUUCAUUUUUCACUCGUGAUUCAGACAGAAUACCUUUUACUCAGAACUCAAUCAAUUCCUCUUUAGGGAAGCAUUUGCAUCAAGAUAAUGGGUAUUGUAAAGAUCAUUCAACCACACCAGCUUUUUGGGAAGAUAUAAUUGUGGAUGAUAGUCUAAAUAAAGACUAUGAUCAACAACAAUUCUGCAAAGGCAAAAAUAAUUUAGCAUCCGUGCUCCAUUCACCUUGUUGUCCUCAGAAUCUAACCCAAUCAAGCCAUCAACUGAAGCAACAAAAUCAAAUUUGUAACCAGAAUCAUUUCGGUAAACCUUCUGAAUCUCUUACUGAACCCUUAGGGGCAGGAUUUGAGAAGCUCGUGGAGAGUGAGGAUACUGGUUCAAAUGUUGAUAACAAGGUUUCUUCAGACAUUGGAGAAAACCACAUUAUAUCUAACAUUUUGUCUUUGGAAUUAGAUGCAUGGGAAGAUUCACUAGUUAAGUUGUUGGAUGAAAGUGAUGAACCAUACACAUCCUUCAAAGCACCUGCUUUGCGGAAUAUCCAAGACAAGAAUCAGUCCAGGUUUUCCUUUGCCAGACACGAUGGUUCUUUGAAUGGGGCAUCUGAUUUGCAGUCAUUUGGGAUUAUUGGAUUUGAUCCGAAAGUGAAUUAUGCAUCUGGUGGUUAUAAUGGAAACAAAGAUAUGUUCACUGGAAAACAACACCCACAUGCUUUCCCAUCAAGCAAUUCUGUGCUAUCAGAUAAAUUUGAUGGAAGUCCGUCUUUGGUGCCUUCUAAAUUUUCCAUGGCAAAAGCUCAUGCUACAAGUCCACCUGGAUUUUCAAUGUCAGGCAGAAUCCCUCCUGGGUUUUCACGUGGGAGAGUAGAACAGAGUUGUAAUGGUUCUGUUGAACAUUUGCGACCGCAGUAUGCUCCUCCAUCUGUAAAUAUCGGCAGGAUAGGAGACGUUGAAUUCAAAAACCCUAUGGUAUUGGACCCUAGUAGGGGCAUAGUGGAUGAAAAGCUGAAUAGUGUACCUUUUAACCUGAGGCAAACUUUACUUCCACAAUUUAGUCCUAAUGAAGAUGAAGCUAGACUUAAGAUGUUACUACAACAAUCUACAGCUUCACAGAAUUUAAGACUUACAGAUCAUUUUGGAAAUAGGUUUUCUCCUCAAAGUGAUGCUUAUAGAACUUCUUCAAGGUUUCUUGAUCAAUUUCAGUCUAACACACCUUCAUUUUCUGAACAAUUGCAUUCUCAACAGUUCAAUAGUAAUAUUCUAGGUUCAAAUAACCAGUGGGGAAGUUGGAAUGAUUCCAAGUAUUUCAGUGGCCUGUCUAUGUCUGAAGUGUUGAAUAAUGAAAUAGGAGGAUAUAACAAUUUCAUUCCUAGUUACGAGAAUAUCAAGUCUAAGCACCUGAAUUGACUGAUCAAGUAGUAUUCAUGGUGGAGAUUAUGUGUCAACUAUGAUUCAAUUUCCCUUCAAUGCACUAAAAGACUCUCAGAUGGUAGUGUGUGGAUCAAACAUGUCUCAAUCUUAAAAGAUUCCUUUAUUUGGCUGAAAUUGUGUUUUACUAUGGCAGUCUAGCUGUACCUUGAUUGUUUCAAAUCUGUUUGGAAUUUGUGUACCCUGAAUUCCUUAUCAGUAGUCUGCCAUCAAAUGGUCAAUGGCAAUCCUCACCCACUCUUGUUUGCUUAGCUUCACUGCGAAGCACUGGAAUCUGGGUCAGUGCAUUACGGUUGUUAGACGUAACUGGUAAAUUGUGUCAGCUUUUCCUAUGGGGUAAAUGUCGGGAGAGCCAACCUUGGCAGUUACUAUGUUAAACUAGGUUGCAAGCAAUUUGGUCAUCAAACAAUAUAAACUACAAUAGGAGUUAUGGGCCUUAAUGGUGGGAAGUUCAUGCUAUGAAUGGUGAAAUAGAUCAUCUAGAUUUGACGUUUUCUUCAUGCCUGAAAUUGUUUGUUCAGACUUUAUUACUAUUUUGAAACUUGGAAUUCCCUGUUAUUCACUUGUAUGCAACAAAUAUGACUUUAAUACAGUGGUAUGUACAAAAUUUUUUUCUUGGUUUUAUAUAAGUACCAAAAUUUUGAUAAAA